AUGGCUCAAGCGGCCAAACAGCUGAAGAAAAUCAAAGACAUCGAGGCGCAGGCCCUCCAGGAGCAGAAAGAGAGGGAGGAAAACAGGAAGCGGAGGAACCGCUCCCGUGACCGAAAGAAGAAGGGUGAUGCUGCCACCAGCUUUCUCAGGGCAGCAAGAUCAGGUAACUUGGACAAAGCUUUGGAUUACCUGCAGAAUGGGGUAGACAUUAACACCUGUAACCAGAAUGGGCUGAAUGGCUUGCACCUGGCCUCCAAGGAAGGCCACGUGAAGAUGGUGGUUGAACUUCUGCACAAAGAGAUCAUUCUAGAAACAACAACCAAGAAAGGGAACACGGCCCUGCACAUCGCUGCCCUCGCUGGUCAGGACGAGGUGGUCCGGGAGCUGGUCAACUAUGGCGCCAACGUCAACGCGCAGUCCCAGAAAGGCUUCACACCCCUGUACAUGGCAGCACAAGAGAACCACUUGGAAGUGGUUAAGUUUUUACUGGAAAAUGGAGCUAAUCAGAAUGUAGCCACAGAAGAUGGCUUCACUCCCCUCGCCGUGGCUCUGCAGCAGGGCCAUGAGAACGUGGUGGCCCACCUCAUCAACUACGGGACGAAGGGGAAGGUGCGCCUCCCUGCCCUGCACAUCGCUGCCCGCAACGACGACACCCGGACAGCUGCGGUGCUUCUGCAGAACGACCCCAACCCAGAUGUGCUUUCCAAGACAGGAUUUACCCCCCUCCACAUCGCAGCUCACUAUGAGAACCUCAAUGUGGCCCAGUUACUCCUCAACAGGGGAGCCAGUGUCAACUUCACACCACAGAACGGCAUCACGCCGCUGCACAUCGCCUCCCGCAGGGGGAACGUGAUCAUGGUGCGGCUCCUGCUGGACCGAGGGGCCCAGAUAGAAACAAGGACCAAGGAUGAAUUGACACCUCUCCACUGUGCAGCUCGGAAUGGGCAUGUGCGAAUCUCAGAGAUCCUGCUGGACCACGGGGCACCCAUCCAAGCCAAAACCAAGAAUGGCUUGUCCCCAAUUCACAUGGCGGCUCAGGGAGACCACCUUGACUGUGUCCGACUUCUAUUGCAAUACAACGCAGAGAUAGACGACAUCACCCUGGAUCACCUGACCCCACUCCACGUAGCAGCCCACUGUGGCCAUCACAGAGUGGCCAAGGUCCUCUUGGAUAAAGGGGCCAAACCAAACUCCAGAGCCCUGAAUGGCUUCACCCCCUUACACAUCGCCUGCAAGAAGAACCAUAUCCGUGUCAUGGAGCUGCUGCUGAAGACAGGAGCCUCCAUCGACGCUGUCACCGAGUCUGGCCUGACACCUCUCCACGUGGCCUCCUUCAUGGGGCACCUGCCCAUUGUGAAGAACCUCCUGCAGCGGGGGGCAUCACCCAAUGUCUCCAAUGUGAAAGUGGAGACCCCGCUACACAUGGCAGCCAGGGCAGGGCACACGGAAGUCGCCAAAUAUUUGCUCCAGAACAAAGCCAAAGUCAAUGCCAAGGCCAAGGAUGACCAGACCCCACUUCACUGUGCAGCUCGCAUUGGCCAUACAAAUAUGGUGAAGCUCCUGCUAGAAAAUAAUGCCAACCCCAACCUGGCCACCACUGCUGGGCACACACCCCUGCACAUUGCAGCCCGAGAGGGCCACGUGGAAACAGUCCUGGCCCUUCUGGAAAAUGAAGCCUCCCAGGCAUGCAUGACCAAGAAAGGAUUUACCCCUCUCCAUGUGGCGGCCAAGUAUGGGAAAGUUCGGGUGGCAGAGGUGCUGCUGGAACGGGACGCACAUCCUAAUGCUGCCGGAAAAAAUGGCCUGACUCCGCUGCACGUGGCCGUCCAUCACAACCACCUGGACAUCGUCAAGCUGCUGCUUCCCCGGGGUGGCUCCCCACACAGUCCUGCCUGGAAUGGCUACACCCCUUUGCACAUCGCUGCCAAGCAGAACCAGAUGGAGGUGGCCCGCAGUCUGCUGCAGUAUGGGGCGUCUGCGAAUGCUGAGUCCGUGCAAGGCGUGACACCCCUUCACCUGGCUGCCCAGGAGGGUCAUGCAGAGAUGGUGGCUCUGCUACUCUCCAGACAAGCCAAUGGCAACCUGGGGAACAAGAGUGGACUCACCCCCCUCCACCUGGUAGCACAAGAAGGCCACGUUCCAGUGGCAGACGUGCUGAUCAAACAUGGUGUGAUGGUGGACGCCACCACCCGGAUGGGUUACACUCCCCUCCAUGUGGCCAGUCAUUAUGGGAAUAUCAAGCUGGUGAAGUUUCUGCUACAGCACCAGGCAGACGUCAAUGCCAAGACCAAGCUGGGAUACAGCCCCUUGCACCAGGCGGCCCAACAAGGACACACAGACAUCGUGACACUGCUUCUCAAAAAUGGUGCUUCCCCAAAUGAGGUCAGCUCGAAUGGAACCACACCUCUGGCAAUAGCCAAGCGCUUGGGCUACAUUUCUGUAACAGACGUCCUCAAGGUUGUCACAGAUGAACCCAGUGUUGUGUUAGUCAGUGACAAACACCGGAUGAGUUUCCCUGAGACGGUGGAUGAGAUCCUCGAUGUCUCUGAAGAUGAAGGAACUGCUCAUAUAACUAUAAUGGGAGAAGAACUCGUAGGCUCCAAGGCCGAGAGGCAGGACUCCAGAGACGUGGACGAAGAGAGGGAGCUGCUGGAUUUCGUGCCGAAGCUGGACCAAGUGGUGGAAUCUCCAGCCAUCCCGAGGAUUCCUUGUGUCACACCUGAGACAGUGGUGAUCAGAUCUGAAGAACCAGAACAGGCAUCUAAAGAGUAUGAUGAAGACUCACUCAUCCCCAGCAGCCCGGCCACAGAGACCUCAGACAACAUCAGCCCAGUGGCCAGCCCCGUCCAUACAGGGUUUCUGGUGAGCUUCAUGGUGGAUGCCCGGGGAGGCUCCAUGAGAGGGAGUCGACACAAUGGCCUGAGGGUGGUGAUCCCGCCUCGGACAUGUGCUGCACCCACUCGCAUCACCUGCCGCCUGGUCAAGCCUCAGAAGCUGAGCACACCACCCCCGUUGGCCGAGGAGGAGGGCCUGGCUAGCAGGAUCAUCGCUCUGGGACCCACAGGGGCUCAGUUCUUGAGCCCUGUGAUUGUGGAGAUCCCCCACUUUGCCUCCCAUGGCCGCGGGGACCGUGAGCUUGUGGUGCUGCGGAGUGAAAAUGGCUCUGUGUGGAAAGAGCACAAGAGUCGCAACGGAGAAAGCUACCUGGAUCAGAUCCUCAACGGAAUGGAUGAAGAACUGGGGAGCCUGGAGGAGCUGGAGAAGAAGCGGGUGUGCCGCAUCAUCACUACAGACUUCCCCUUGUACUUCGUGAUCAUGUCACGGCUCUGCCAGGACUAUGACACCAUUGGCCCCGAAGGCGGCUCUCUGAAGAGCAAGCUGGUACCCCUGGUGCAGGCGACAUUCCCAGAAAAUGCUGUCACCAAGAAAGUGAAGCUGGCUCUGCAGGCCCAGCCUGUACCCGAUGAGCUAGUCACCAAACUCCUGGGCAACCAGGCCACAUUCAGCCCCAUUGUCACUGUGGAGCCGAGGCGCCGGAAGUUCCACCGCCCCAUCGGGCUUCGGAUCCCACUCCCUCCUUCCUGGACGGACAACCCACGGGACAGCGGCGAGGGAGACACCACCAGCCUGCGCCUGCUCUGCAGUGUCAUUGGAGGAACAGACCAAGCUCAGUGGGAAGAUAUAACAGGAACGACCAAGCUCGUGUAUGCCAACGAGUGUGCCACCUUUACCACCAAUGUCUCUGCCAGGUUUUGGCUGUCGGACUGUCCUCGGACUGCCGAGGCCGUGAACUUCGCCACUCUGCUGUACAAGGAGCUUACUGCAGUGCCCUACAUGGCCAAGUUCGUGAUUUUUGCCAAGAUGAAUGACCCCCGAGAAGGGCGGCUGCGCUGCUACUGCAUGACUGAUGAUAAGGUGGACAAGACCCUUGAGCAGCACGAGAACUUCGUCGAGGUGGCCCGGAGCAGGGACAUAGAGGUGUUAGAAGGGACUCCCCUGUUCGCAGAACUCUCCGGGAACCUGGUACCCAUCAAAAAAGCUGCCCAGCAGCGGAGUUUCCAAUUCCAGUCAUUCCGGGAGAACCGUUUGGCCAUUCCUGUAAAGGUGAGGGACAGCAGUCGAGAACCAGGAGGGUCCUUGUCAUUUCUGCGCAAGGCAAUGAAGUAUGAGGACACCCAGCACAUUCUCUGCCACUUGAACAUCACCAUGCCCCCUUGCACCAAGGGGAGCAGCACCGAUGACAGGAGAAGGACUUUGACACCACUGGCCCUGAGAUACAGCAUCCUCAGCGAAUCCACACUGGGUUUUCUCAGUGGGACAGACCGAGCAGAUAUGAAGAUGGCUAUUAUAUCAGAACACCUUGGUCUCAGCUGGGCAGAGCUGGCCCGGGAGCUGCAGUUCAGCGUGGAAGACAUCAACAGGAUUCGCGUGGAAAACCCCAACUCGCUGUUGGAGCAGAGUGCAGCUUUGUUGAACCUCUGGGUCAUCCGCGAAGGCACAAACGCCAAGAUGGAGAACCUGUACACCGCCCUGCGGAACAUUGACCGGAGUGAGAUCGUGAACAUGCUGGAAGGCUCUGGCAGACAGAGCCGAAACCUGAAACCGGACCGGCGGCACACGGAACGGGACUACUCCUCCUCGCCCUCCCAGAUGAAUGGUUACUCCUCGCUGCAGGACGAGCUGCUGUCCCCUGCCUCCUUGCACUACGCGCUUCCCUCUCCGCUGCGUGCAGACCAGUACUGGAACGAGGUGGCCGUCAUGGACGCCAUCCCCUUGGCGGCCACGGAGCAUGACACCAUGCUGGAGAUGUCUGACAUGCAGGUGUGGUCCGCGGGCCUCACACCCUCUCUGGUCACUGCUGAGGACUCCUCUCUGGAGUGCAGCAAGGCCGAGGACUCUGAUGCCACUGGCCACGAGUGGAAGCUGGAGGGGGCGCUCUCCGAGGGACCCCAGGGCCCCACGCUGGGCUCUCAGGACCUUGUGGAGGAUGACACAGUGGAUUCAGAUGCCACAAAUGGCCUUGUCGAUUUGCUUGACCAGGAGGAAGGUCAGAGGUCAGAAGAGAAGCUGCCAGGUCAUAAGAGGCAGGAGGACUCGACAGGUGCAGGGCAGGACUCAGAGAAUGAAGUGUCUCUUGUUUCAGGCCAGCAGAGGGUGCAAGCCCGCAUCACAGAGUCCCCCACUGUGAGUCGGGUGAUGGAGACCAGCCAGGACAGACUACAGGACUGGGAUAGGGAAGGCUCCAUUGUCUCGUACCUGCAAGAUGCUGCACAAGGUUCCUGGCAAGAGGAGGUAACGCGAGACCCACACUCAUUCCAGAGAACGGUCACCACCGUCAAAGGGCUGGAGCCCAGUGGGUCUCGGGAGUAUGAGAAGGUCCUAGUGUCUGCGAUGGAGCACUUGCGGCCAGAGCAGCCUGAGGCCCAGAGCCUGCAGGCUGACAGAGAACAAAGACUACAAAGCCACCAAGAGUGGGUGCAGGAGGCAGAGCGCACCUUCUCCCAGGUGGCAAAGGGGAAUGAGCUUCAGAAUAUUCCAGGGGAGCAGGUGACCGAGGAACAAUUCACAGAUGAGCAGGGCAACAUCGUCACCAAGAAGAUCGUUCGCAAAGUUGUUCGGCAGAUAGACCCAUCAGGUGCCGAUGACACCCGGGAGCACGAGGAGGAUCACACCUCGACACCCAACCCUUGAACUCCACACACUCUGCCAUGCACACAGGAGGAGAGCUGGACCGGAGGGCGGCACAAGUGCGCACAUGUUCCUCUAGGCUAACAGCAUGAUCUCCGUAAGGGACUUCCUUUAGUCUCCUAUUCGCAUGAACGACUGACUGUAGACGCAUGACCUACAGUCCUCACUCCUGCCUCUAGUGACAACGGAUCUCUGUGGGGAAUCAGGACAAAAGCAGCAAGGAGAGGGGAGA